GCUCCUUGGUGCGGCUGGAACUUUAGGAAAAUGACCUCAGGAGAGUGACUCACUCACUGACUUUUAAUUCUUUCGGGUGGGUAGGUGAGUGAGCCUGUUAUGUUACAUGCUCAAUGCUACCCCAGGAGGAGGGGAGUUUGCCUUUCCCAGAGAGAUGGCCCCGAGCCAGUAAGUUCACCCUGUCAGCCUGUGCAGCGGUGGUUGCAGAACUAGCAACCUUUCCCCUGGAUCUCACGAAAACACGGCUGCAGAUCCAAGGUGAAGCUGCUGUUUGUCGAUAUGGAGCUGCUGCCAGAAGAGCUGUACCCUACCGUGGCAUGCUACGUACUGCAGCAGGGAUUGUUCAAGAGGAAGGCUUACUAAAACUCUGGCAAGGAGCAACACCUGCCGUCUACAGACACAUAGUAUACUCCGGAGUGCGGAUGGUUACAUAUGAGCACCUUCGUGACUCUGUGCUUGGUGGAGCUGAAGAUGAGAGCUUUCCUCUUUGGAAAUCUGUAGUUGGAGGGAUGGCAGCUGGUGCCAUUGGUCAGUUUUUUGCCAGUCCAACUGAUCUGGUGAAGGUGCAGAUGCAAAUGGAAGGAAAGAGGAGACUAGAAGGGAAACCAUUACGAUUUCAUGGAGUUCACCAUGCAUUUGUGAAGAUCCUGUCUGAAGGGGGAAUUCAGGGCCUUUGGGCAGGUUGGGUGCCAAAUGUCCAAAGAGCUGCUCUGGUAAACAUGGGAGAUCUGACUACUUAUGACUCAGUGAAACACUUUUUACUUCUGAACACACCACUUCAGGACAAUAGUGUGACUCACAGCAUCGCAAGUGUAUGUUCCGGCCUGGUAGCUGCUAUCCUGGGAACUCCUGCUGAUGUCAUCAAAACGCGGAUAAUGAACCAACCAAGAGAUAAACAGGGAAGGGGACUGCUGUAUAAGUCUUCUACAGACUGCUUGAUACAGGCUAUACAAGGUGAAGGAUUUAUGUCUCUAUACAAAGGCUUUUUACCAACCUGGAUGCGAAUGGUGCUGAAUGCCUUCAAUUCCCAUUGACUUUGCUGAGAACUGAAGUUGGAGCGCUUUGUAGGAGGCGCUCAGCAUCCUGCAGGAUUGGGUCCUAAAACAGAAUUAGAGAACUACACAGAACAUCUUACAGCAAUAAUGAUAUUAAAGUAUGUAUUUCAUAGUCUUUUGUUGCAUUUACUGUAUCAUUAAACUUGGAAAAUAUUAAUAUGAGGUUUUAAAAAUGAAUUAAAUUAGUGUGGAUUCUUAGUACACUAGUCAUUUAAAUCUGGAGGCAUGAACCCAAGCAUUGCCUCCAGUUACAUGGAAAGACUGGUCUCUGUGUUUAAAUACCUUCAUGAUAGGCACCGUAACUCCUUAGCUAGAUUAGAGUUCUCAUUUAUUCACCUCACCAACCACAUUGGCUGACAUGACCGUCAGUGUUCGCUCAGAAGUGGUCCCAGGCCUGGAGUAAUAGGGAUGUUGCAGAUCAAGACUGAUGUGUACUGACAGAGGUUUGUGUCUCAUUAUGUGCCUGCCUUCAUUCAUCCUGAAUUGUCACGUUCUCAGAUCUCAUAAGCCACAUGCUUGUCUACACAGGGAAGCAGACAGGCAUAGCUAUAGCAGGAUAAUUAUUCUGCUAAAGCUAUGUCAGUGUAACUCUCUGUGUGGACACUCUAUUCCAAAAUUAAUGUGACUUUUUUACUCUGCUUGCCCCAGUCUUCUUGUCCAACCACUCUCACCUCCCCCAGGCUCCUUGUCCCAGUCUCCCUGCUCGGUCAGAGCCAGUCUCCCCCUCUUCCGGGUCCUUGACCACUGUCAGUCUUUUACCCACUCACUUAUUCUCAAUCCCCUGGUUUCUUUUCCCCAGGUCCCAGACUCCUUUGCCAACCAGUCCCACUCCCACUGGCACCAAUCUACUCCCUCCACUUCCGGUCCCCCCGGGUCUGACUCUUGUUCUCUGCAUUCAAGUCAAGGAGCUUCCUCCUUCAGGGUGCUUGGGCACUGGCAAAGAGAGCACAGGAAAGAAAAUCUUUCUGCUCUCAAUUCCUGUGCCUGGUAUCACAGCAGCUGGAAAGAACAACUGCAAGGAAAGUCCUGCUCAGCUACUGCAUCCCUGGGCUGGACUAUGUCCAGUACAGAUGGAAUCUUCAGAGAAUUUAGCAGCCAAACUCUAACAAGUCUCUACUGAGCAUGUGCCAACUGAGAUUUUUUUCAAAGGUUUAUAAUUUGGCCAAAUUUUGUGUGUUUUUUCAUGGGGGGAAAAAGCAAAAGCACACCUCUGACACAGACAGGCACCUUGUCAAAUUUCAGUUCCUUUCUCCAAAGUAUGUUGGUACAUAGGCGCCUCGCCUUGACUCCGCCCCUGCCCCCA